AUGGGGAACAGCGGGAGCCGUCCGGAGCAGAGCGUUUGGUCGCAGUUUCUUCCUGAGGAGCAGGCGGAGGUGGACCGGUUGUUUGAUGCCCUGUCAUCGGAGAAAAGCAGCUCAGCCUCGCCCAGAUCCUUUUCUCUGGAGGCGCUCAAGAGCCACAUCGGGGAAGCGCUUCCCCCAGACCUGGUCUCCAGGCUGUAUGAUGGCAUGCGGAGGGUCGACCUGAUGAGACCGGCGAAGGGGCCCAGCGAGAGCGUCUCCCGGGAGCAGUUCACAGUGUCCAUGUCCCACCUGCUGAAGGGGAGCUCCAGGGAGAAGAGCUUCAUGGUCCUGAAGAUGAUUUCUGCCACGGACGGCGCCGUGAAGGCACGCGAAGUCCAGAAGUUCACAGAGGAUCUCGUCGGCUCUCUGGUGCACGUGCUGAGCCACAGGCAGGAGCUGAGAGGCUGGGCGCCGAAGAGAGCUCCCGGCCCCCCGCCCAGGGUGCAGGCUCUGGCUGCGCAGCUGCUGUCCGAGGUGAAGCUUGCAGACGGCAAGAGGCUGCUGGGCCCUGAGCAGCUGGACGGUGACUGCGACCCCGCUGUGAUCGAGGACUGGGUGUUCAGGGCCCACCUGGUGGCCACGUUCCUGAGCGUGGUCAUCCACAGGGGCUUUGGCCUGUCCUGGCCCCUCGACCUGGCCACGCUGGUCCCCCAGCGGCAGGUUGACCAGGGGCAGGAGUUUGACAGCGUCCUGGACCCCCUGUCGGUCAUCUACCUCAACUCCCAGCUGCCCCGGGAGCAGCAGCACCGCUGGCACCUGCUCUUCUCAUCCGAGCUCCACGGGCACAGCUUCGCCCAGCUCUGCGGGCGCGUCCCCCACCGCGGGCCCUGCCUGCUGCUCCUCGAGGACCACGAUGGCCACGUGUUCGGCGGGUUUGCCUCCUGCUCCUGGGAAGUCAAGCCUCAGUUUCAAGGGGACAGCAGAUGCUUCCUGUUCUCCAUCUCCCCCAGCAUGGCCGUGCACAGGUGCACGGGCUACAACAACCACUACAUGUACCUGAACCACGGGCAGCAGACCAUCCCAAACGGACUGGGCAUGGGAGGGCAGCAUCACUACUUUGGGCUGUGGAUCGACGUCGACUUCGGGAAAGGACACAGCAAGGCCAAGCCCGCGUGCACCACAUACAACAGCCCCCAGCUGUCGGCCCAGGAGGACUUCCGGUUUGAGAAGAUGGAGGUGUGGGCGGUCGGAGACGACUCCCACUCCAAGCUGGCCAAGAGCAACAAGAGCAUCCUGGAUGUGGACCCCGAGGCCCAGGCCCUGCUGGAGAUCAGUGGGCGGAGUCGCCACAGCGAGGGGCUCCGGGAAGUCCCUGACCAGGAGUGA